CGUGUUCAUGUGUGGUUUUAUUAUUUUAUGGUUAGGUUAGAUUAUUUGAAAACAAUUAAUAUUUUUCAUCAUGGAUAUUGUUAAUGAAAUUUUAGAAAGAGAACAGAAGAAAGCGGAAAAGUACAAGCCUAUCACAGUUGAGAAGCACUUAGAAUUAGAUAUCGAUGUUGGAACCUUAUUAGCGACAGACACAAAUGAUUUGGAUAUAAAAUCUCUGAGUUCAGACAGUGAAAGAGACACAUACCUGCAAUCCCUGGCACGUGACAACGCACAGUUACUCCUUAACAAGAUCUGGGAACUGCCUACAGAGAGGAUUGAUGAAGCCAUCGUAGUACGACUGCCUGCACCCAAAACAGUGCUUCCAAGAUCAAAGCCAGUACCUAAACCUAAACCCUUGUCAAAAUGGCAGGAAUUCGCCAAAGCUAAGGGUAUUACUAAAAGGAAAAAAGAUAAACUACAAUGGGAUGAACAGUUACAAAAAUGGGUGCCUCUAUAUGGGUUCAAGAGAUCAGCAGCUGAAAAACAAAAAGAUUGGCUCAUAGAGGUGCCUCAGCAUAUUGAUCCAUUGACUGAUAUGUAUGAGAAGAAAUCCAGUGAGAAAUCUGAAAAGGUGGCAAAGAAUGAGCUUCAGCGAUUGAAAAAUAUUGCAAGAGCCAAAAAAGUUAAAAUACCAAGAGUGGGACUGCCAGUUACCUCUGAUAAAGCUUCUGCCACACAGCUAUCAACAGCAGCUGUAGUGGCGAAAGCUUCAACUGCUUCUCUGGGCAAAUUCCAAGAUAAACUUCCAAAAGAGAAGGAAGCACGAGGCAAGGGCGUCCAUGAGCUCAUACCCGGCAAGGAGAGGAAGAGAAAGGCUCCUAUACCCACACCUCAGGUGGAGAAGGAAAACAAUCUGAACCUCAUAGACCGUAUCCUGAACAAGAGACCUAAAAUUGACAUGGAAAAGGCUGUCUCUAAGCACAUUCAUGAAGAACAAACACAGAGGUCAGAAGAGAAAAAGAACAUGAAACCGUCUAAAGGCCCGCGCAAGGCUAAAGGAAAAACCAACUUCUCAGCCAAAAAGCCUAAAGCUGGGAAGGGGCAACGGAACCCCGGCAAAAAAACACCUGGGAGAAAACGGAGAUAAGCUAAAGCUUUGUAUAUUUGUAACAUGUUUCAACAUUAAAUACUUUAUUGCUAACUAUAAAAAAAGAUUUAUUUUUAUAACCAA